AUGCCGGACUCGCAGUGGGAAGAAACGUUGGUGACCGCCACUCGGCGCCUCAUCGUCCAGCUGCGUCAGACUGGGCAUCCGGUGCCUGAGGUCUAUGCCGCAUACUGCCUGUGCGCAACAAGAGACGAUGAACACGAUUUCCUGAUCAACAAACUCAUCUGUAUAGAGGACGAAGGAGAAAUCGGCGUCCAGAGAGCGGCCGAUCGUAUUCUGCAAGAGCGGGGGCCGGAGAUUGCCUGUCUGAAGCUCCAAGCGAUGCAUGAGGCAACUCUCGCUGAUGAGAAACGCCUCUUGUUACGUUUUGAGGAUCGUACAGCGAAUGAAAUCGCGAAUGAGAAUUCUAGCACCCUUUUUUCGUGCUUGACUGUCCCAUACGAAAAGAUCGUCGGCCUUAGCCACGCAGUUCUCAAGGACGCCGACCGGAUGAAGGCGCUUUACAAGAAGGUUCUUCACCUCUGCGUCACCAGGUUUAGGCGUGCCCCUUGGCUUGAGGGAGGCGAAAGCCAGGACGAAGUGAUCGAGGAUACCAGAGCUGCCCUGGAGUCCGCUUUUCCAAUCACCGGACUGCGGUCACUGUUCGGGUUGCCCCUUGUAGAUCGCCGGCGUUAUCUAGAGGAACUGUGUUUCAUCAUUCUGGGAAUCCGAGUUUUCAACUCUCAGACUGGGCGGGCUACCUCUGCCAGCGUACCUGACCCGCGCAAUCUUCUUGCUUCGCACAGCCCCGACAUCCUCCAAUCUUUGGAAAGGGACAUAGAAGAAGGCCAGGGGCUGACAGACGAAUUCGCCAGAAUUCUGGUUCGACCUCCUCCAGAAGUCUCUCGCGAGAAAGAUUGGAAGGAUAUCGCGGAUGACCACAUCUACUUGGCGCAACUCGUCGCCUACAAAAGAGCUUUGUUGACGGCACUCUUCGAAACGAGGCAUCAGCUCAAGGAAGCCGUUUCCGAGUGUAUUUCGGAGAUACUACGGAUUCGAGAGGAACUGGGCGGGAAGCAGUGCGCGUCGCGAGACGAUGUCUUUCCAAUGUUUUCUCGGCUGGGCAUAACUUAUGAGACGGCUUUCCUGAACCAUAGAAAACUUUGCUCUUUAGAGCGUCUCGUCACUUCACUGGCGAAACUAGGCGCCGAAUACGUCUCCCCUCCGGCCUCGACCUUCAGAGUUACGAGCAACUGUCUCGACGCAGGCUCUUCCGACUCCUCGGGAAGCGGCCUCGCGGCUGACACCGCAGCGUGCGCAACAGAAGCCAACGAACAACAAGCCGAGGAGGACGCCAUAGAGGAGGUCGCUAGAGUAGCAGACAGAGAAUCAGGGGGACUACUUGAGCUAGGCGGGAGGUGCGCGUGGUGUCUUGCCAAAUACGGUGCCUUGGUCCCUGCGAACCUCGCGAUCCGAACAGCCAGCCACGACGGUCACGCGUAUGCGUUCUCGACGAUCGAAGGAGCCAAAGAGUUCGCACAGGAUCCUGCCGGCUUUGUUUUGGAGAUACAACUCCGCCUGAAGCGGCAGCCGGCCCUUAUUCACCUCUUAGACCUCGACCGGUUCUACCCAAGGACGAGUUUGCGGAAUAUACUAAAGCUUCAGAAGCGAAGCACCGAGAAGUUCUGUGAGCGAGAAACCGUGAGGCUUGGCGGAGACGGCACAGCCGUCGACCAGUUGCCUUUCCUGCUUCAAGAGCCACGGAACGCGGACGCUGCGGUCAUGACUCCGGUCCAUUUUGAAACAAUCCAGAAAGACACGUCGUACCACUGGAACGAAUGGGAUUUGCGGCGUCGAGCUCUGGCGAUGGCGGACCUUAUGGACAAAGCCACAAGGAGCUCACAGACGACUGUUUCACACUGCCGAAGAGAACAGGAGGCCCAGGUCUAUCUGCUGAAGGAGAAGGCGCAGAACACCAUGAAGUGCAAAGGAACUGCAGCCAUACGAGGAAAAAAGUACAUCGCUGGCUUGAGAGGAAAGGCAGAGAGACAGCCACACACUGUUAGGAUCGAGCUUGAUCUCUAG